GUGGUUACGACGUGAAGGCAGGUCCAGAAAUCAACCUUGCAGUCUGGAUUCUAGACUUUUCCCCCCGUAAAUUUCACCUGACUGCUUGGUAGAAUCAGCGCUUCUACGCGGAUAAAGGAAACUCGUAUAACUGAGGCGCACACAUGUGGGCCUCGGACUGUCACUUGAACACAGAUCUUUCCCACUUAAUCUAGAAUGGGGACCGUGACUAUGUGGUGCAUAGCUGUGUGACCCUAAACCGUGACAGGGCUGCCAUCGCAGCCUCCCUGCCCGGAGGCAGAGAGAGGGGAGAGCAGGAAGAGCAGCGCGCUGCCUGGGGCGCUGGGCCCGGGCGGGCGGUGGAGAAGACUGGCUCGGCAGCUCCCGCCCGCAGGGAUCGCCACCUGGGGCCACCCACGCUCCCCGAGUCCUCCGAGCGCCGCUCCCCGUCCACCCCGACCCGGGAUCACGGCCCCGGGCCGGCGCUGGCGACAGGCUCUCCUUCAGCUCCCGGCUGCACCGCGUGGCUCAGCGCCAUGGAGCCCGGGCCGCGCAGCAGGCCUGCCGAGCCGGGGCCUUGCGUGAGCGCCUCGCCGAGCGCGGGCGCAGCGCUUCCGGCGUCCGGGGCCGAGCCGGGGAGUCGGCCCGCAGCCGUGGCCGCCGUGCUGCCGGCCGGGGGCUGCGGGGAGAGGAUGGGCGUCCGCACCCCGAAGCAGUUCUGCCGUGUGCUGGGGAGGCCGCUCAUCAGCUACACCCUGCAGGCCCUGGAAAGAGUAUGCUGGAUAAAAGACAUUGUUGUGGCAGUGACAAGGGAGAACAUGGAAGAAAUGAGAAACAUCAUCCAGAGGUAUGGGCAUAAGCGCGUCUCACUAGCUGAGGCCGGAGCCACACGCCACAGGUCAAUUUUCAAUGGCCUGAAAGCUCUAGCAGAGGACCAGCCAGACGGCAAACUCACUAAGCCAGAAGUUGUGAUUAUCCAUGAUGCGGUGAGACCUUUUGUUGAUGAAGAUAUUCUCCUGAGAGUUGUCAUAGCAGCCAAUGAACAUGGGGCAGCAGGAGCGAUUCGGCCUCUGGUGUCCACUGUUAUCAGUCCCUCUGCUGACGGCUGCUUAGACCACUCACUGGACCGUGCUCAACACAGGGCAAGCGAAAUGCCACAGGCUUUUCUCUUUGAUGUGAUCUAUGACGCAUAUCAACAAUGUAGUGACUAUGACUUGGAAUUCGGAACAGAGUGCUUGCAGUUGGCUCUAAAAUACUGUCACACAAAAGCAAAACUUUUAGAGGGGUCCCCCGACCUCUGGAAGGUGACCUACAAACAAGAUCUGUAUGCAGCUGAAUCAAUGAUUAAGGAGAAAAUUUCACAAGAGAUUUGUGUGGUUGUGAACACAAAAGAUGAAGAAUCUGUGGGGUAUCUCCUCAAGGAAGCUCUAAGAAAUGAAUUGAAUUGCAUUAACAUCACAUCCACACCUCUGGAUCUCCCAGGCAGAGACACGCAGAACUUCCUCAUGGCCCAGUGCUAUAGCUUCAUCCAUGUGAAUGUUGUGUCCUCUGAUUCUCACGAAACCCAGAGGUUCCUGAGCAUAAUUGAAGAGAGCAGCCUUCCUCUCUUGUAUCCUGUAGUUGUUGUUUUGGUGUGUUUCCUCGACUUCACCUUAGUGCCACUCACUCAGAAGAUGGAAAGCCUGGUGUGGAUUAGGGACUUGGCAAAGGAAGUGAAAAAGAGCAAUGUUUUAUUAAGUGGACUCCUCAUAAACCACUCACAGGAUGAGCAGAAACUACAAGAGAGUUUACAACAAGGUGCUUCCAUCAUAGGUUCCUUAGUUAAAGAAAGAAGUUCUGCACUUGCUGGUCAGCUGCUGGUGGCAUGAAAAGCACAGACGAAGUCAUCUAGAAGCUUCCAAAGACACAUCCCUAAGACUCUCUCUUGUACCUGCUUCCCUACCUCAAUGUCUCCUCCUUGUGUGGGGGAGAGUAUUUUAGUUGUUUUCUUCAUCUUGCCACUUAUAGAAUGUGAUGCUAACGUUGUAAAAAUGGGUUAACGUUCAUGUCCAUGAAAUUAUGUGAAUCAAAUAAAAAUGCCUUCAACCAUAGAAGGAUAGAUAAAUGGAAAAUGUUGUCUUUAUGUAAGAUCCUGUUCACUACUUCAGGAAGGUCCAGUUGAGAUGACAAGGUGAGCUAUCUCUUUAAGGGAUGAGAAUUUAGACAGCUUAGCUAUUAUCUUAAAUCUGUGUUAAUUAACUGAUUGGUCAUGUUAUAUUGGGGAUAAUGAAUAAGCUUCAUAAUUAAUUUUAAUUCUAAAAUUGUCCUUUUCCUAUGUAAUAUAUCUUUUUGCCUUGGUUUGGAAUUCAUCACAAUGUAAAGAGAGGAGGGGGCUGGGUAACUGGCUCAGUGAGAAAGCAUUUGCUGAGUGUGGAACAGCAUCACAAAAGAAGAAAUAUGGGGCAUAAACGGGAAAUGGAAUGUCUUGAAUUUCCUUCACCUUUCUCCCCUCCAAAUCUCUCAACCUCCCAAGAGCCUGUAAUUCCCUUCCACUCUUCUGUCAUUCUUAAAUUGGGUGUUUGUUUUCCUUGGCUUAUGGAAUAUUAUUUGACAUUAUUUUAAAGCAUCUACUCCCUCUAGGUAGUUUCAGAAAAGUCUGGAGAGCUUCAUGAAGGCUGAGUUGCUAGUGUCAGUCCCUGGCUGUGCUCUUCUGAAAGGCAGGGCUGCCUGAGCUGUGGGGUUGGUUACUCUUGAUGCAGGAACUGUGGCCUUGCAAAAUCAAGAUUUUAUUCUUCCAAUCUGUAUUGGCUAUACAUAUUAACUCUUAAUAUUUCUCUUAUGUUGAGUUUAAUAAUUAUAUACAUACAAUCAUUAAAAUGUCCUUUUCUUCUAUAUAUAAAUCCAUUUUAUUGAAAUAUGUUAAAUCGUAUGCUGGGACUUACAUUGCAUGAAGAAAUUAUAAGAGCUGCAUGAAAUGUGCUUGUUCAAGAGUAUGAAUAAAAUAUCUACUUUCUGAAA